AUGUCGACAGUCAAAGCAAUUGAUGUUUCUUCGAUACAUAGAAUUUGCUCAGGUCAAGUAAUAUUAGAUUUAGCGACAGCCGUAAAAGAGCUUGUAGAAAACAGUCUUGAUGCAGAGGCAAAGUCAAUUGAAAUUCGUUUUAAAGAAUAUGGCAUCCAAUCCGUUGAGGUAAUAGAUGAUGGUACGGGAAUUCAUCCUACCGACUAUGAGAGUUUAGCCCUCAAGCACCAUACAUCUAAAUUAUCUAGCUUCGAAGAUUUAAUGGACAUUAGUUCAUUUGGUUUUCGAGGCGAAGCACUUAGUUCAUUAUGCGCCCUAUCUAAAAUUACAGUUUCAACGUGUACUCAAGAAGAAAUUCCGACCGGUGUCAAAUUGGAAUAUGAUUCACAUGGAAGGCUCAUAAAAAGAUCGCCAACAGCUCGAGAGAGAGGUACAUCCAUUAUACUACGAGGACUUUUUGAAUCAGUCCCAGUUCGGCAUCGAGAAUUUAAAAAGAAUAUUAAGCGAGAAUUUGGCAAAGCCGAAGGAUAUACUAUCCGUAUUAUUGGUCAUAUUUCUAAACCUAUGAAAGGAUACGGUCGUGGAAGCAAUGAUCGACAAUAUUUUUUUAUCAAUGGUCGCCCAUGCAAUUUACCAAAAAUAGCGAAAGCCAUUAACGAAUUAUAUAAAAGUUUUAAUACCUUUCAAUAUCCAUUUAUUGUUAUGGAUUUUCGACUUGCGAAAUUUUUAUACGACGUUAACGUAAGCCCGGAUAAAAGGACUAUAUUCAUACACAACGAAAACAAAAUAGUGGAAACAUUAAAGGAAGAAUUGAAUGGUGUUCUAGAACCAUUUCGAUCUACUUUCGUGAACUCCGGUACUGAAUUUAUUCAACUGUCGAUAAAAGAAAAUGUUUUAUGUUUUGAGAACUCAAAAGAGGAAAAUUCUUCACAAAACAAACUUGCUCAAAAUAAAAGUGGAACUUCUCUUAUGCAAGGCAAUGAUGAUAUGGUUAGUAUUAUUAAUAACAUCCAGAGUAAUGAGAACACUAAAAACGAAUUUGAGUCGACAAAAAACUCGAUAAAAUCAACUUGCAAAUCGUCUAAUAUUGAAGAGGUGAUGAAAAUAAAAGCCGAUAUCGAGUACGAGAGCUACGCUUUUUUUGACUUUCAAUCAGAAGAAAACGAAGUACACGUGAUGAAAAAGCCAAAGAUUACAAUGGAAAAAUCAGAAAUCGCUGGUUCUCCGAGAAAACAAUUAACUCAAUAUUUAUCUUCAAAUGCGAAGGAAAAAAGUAACGUCAUGAAAGACAUCAUUAAACCAAUUGAUGCCUAUUUAAUUAACGAUCAGAAAGAAUCUGUGAAAGUUUCUACACCUAUAUCAUGUGAAGAAGAACAAUGUAUUAAAGUUUCUCUCAACGAAAAUAAAGUUGAUAUCGAACAAGAUGAGAAAAUGAAUAUGGUUGUCGACUAUUCGACUAGUACGGUUUUAAUGACUGAAAAAGAUGGUCUUGAUGAAGAUAUUAUCAUGGCUGAAAAUAAUAAUUUUGAUUCGAGUCCCGUGUCACAUAACUCUGAGGCUAUUGUAAUAGAUAAUGAUUACGAGAUAAAAAAUAUCGAGAUACCAUUUGAUAUUCGAAGAUAUGAAUAUAUUGAUAUGAAUCGGCAAGAAUUUCAAAAGGGUAACGAUUGUGAUAUGCGAUUAAGCAAUUCGGGAAUCGAUACUCAAGAUAAUGAAGUUGCUGUAAGAGAAUUAAAUAGGGUUAUAUCGAAAAACGAUUUUGGCCUGAUGGAAAUUGUAGGACAAUUCAACCUUGGAUUUAUUAUCGCUAAAUUGGGCAAUGAUUUAUUUAUUAUUGACCAGCAUGCGUCUGAUGAGAAAUAUAAUUUCGAAACUUUACAACUUCACACCAAAAUCCAAUCUCAGAGGCUUAUAAGUCCAAGGAGAUUAGAACUUACUGUGGCUGAGGAAUUGGUUGCAAUAGAAAACUUGGAAAUCUUACAAGCGAACGGAUUUGAUUUUGACAUAGAUUAUGAUGCAUCUCCUACUAAGAAAUUGAAAUUAUUGUCACAGCCAAUGAGCAAAGAUACAGUAUUUGGAGUUAAAGAUAUAGAAGAAUUAAUAUUUCUAUUGUCUGAACGACCUGGCGAAAUGAUUGUAAAACGUAUGGGAGAUAUUGAUCAACCAUGGAAUUGCCCUCAUGGCCGACCAACUAUGAGACAUCUUUUCGAUUUGUCUCAAGUAAAAAAUUCUCAACCAUAUACAAUGCGUCUUAAAACUAGAGAAGAUUUAGAAGAAGAAAAUAUUUUCUAUACUUUUCAAAAUGAUAAUAUUUUUGUAUAUAGAGCAAAUUAG